CUUUUUUAAACCUACCGUCCUCACUGGAUGAAUAUGGAUAAUAAUACAAGUCAUUACCAUUAUAAGAUAUUAGGUGAUAUUACUUUGGCAUUCAAGACUAUUAAUAUGAUAUAUGUGCUGGGAAAACCUGGCCACUCUGUCCUCCCUGGGUCUGGGUUUCUCUUCAUUCAUUAGACAUUUGCUCAGCAGUUAUUUGUGCCAGGCACUCUGUUAGCAACGGAAGGUAUAGAGACAAACAAGAGCCAGCAGAAGACAUUAUUCCCGCGGCACCAGUAACUGACGCAGGUGUGGAAACACAACAGGUGUUAGAUCAAAAGCGCGCAGAAACUCCCGAGGAGAGUCAUUUCUGGCUGACCUUGGGGAGGAGGUGGCAUCUGUCCUGGAUGCCCAACAGCGAGACUUUGAGGGGCAUUUGGAAAUGGGCAGUGCAUUCCAGGUAGAAGGUUCAGUGUUGGCAACAAAAUUCCAGAUGGCGUUUAAUGAUUGCUUUAGUUUGAGCUAUCCUGGUAACCCCCAGCCGGGGGACUUGAUUGAAGUGUUUCGUUCUGGCUAUCAGCACUGGGCACUGUACCUGGGUGAUGGUUAUGUUAUCAACAUAGCACCUCUAGAGGAUGGCGUUUCUGCAGCAUUUACGAGCGCUAAGUCUAUAUUUAGCAGGAAGGCCCUAGUGAAGAUGCAGCUCCUGAAGGAUGUCGUGGGAAACGACACAUACAGAAUAAAUAAUAAAUAUGAUGAAACUUAUCCUCCCCUCCCCGUGGAGGAAGUCAUGCAGCGGUCAGAGAUUGUAAUUGGACAGGAGGUGGAUUAUGACAUACUUGUCAACAACUGCGAGCAUUUUGUGACUUUGCUUCGCUACGGAGAAGGAAUUUCAGAGCAGGGACCCAGGUGUUGGGAGGAAGAUGAUGCCCCAAAUUUCCAUUCUGAUGAAGGCCCGGUCAUCACAGCAACGGAGCCGAGUGCUACGCACAUCACACAGUCCUUAGACUAAUGAUCUGAAAAGCAGGCCAGGUGGGCACACCAAUGACCAGUGAAGUAGCAAAAUCAUAAGGCCCUGAUGUGAUUUCAGCUCUGAUUGGAGAACAUAGUGAAGAACAGAAGUGAAUGUUGCUUCCCUAGAUUGGUUACUCUUGAUGAGGGAGCCUGAAAGAAUGGUAACUCUUUUUGCACAAGUCGUUUGGGAGGACAUGUCCUGGGCAAGACACUACAGGCUGUUUGUGGACAAGGAAGGGAAAGGGUUUGCAAAUAUUCACAUCUGUUUCCAUAAAGAUUAAGUUUGUAUUUUAUUCUAUGUCGUCUCAUUAUAAAGUUGAUCCACCAAAGGCUGUUAAGAAAUAUACAGAGUUGAAAAUAAAAUUGCUUGAUAUUUUAA